CGCUGAGCGUCUGUGGUAGGAGUGGGUGGGGCCUGAGAGAUUCGAAAGGAGCCCCGCCCCCAGGAGCUGAUUCCCGGGACUAGGCUGUGGAAGGAAAGCACCUUUCGCGGGAGGUCUAAGCUACCUCUUGCUCCUGCUGGCUGGAACAUGGGAGAUUUGGAGGAAGAUGUGAAGUUUAUAGUGGAUGAGACCUUGGACUUGGGAGGGCUGUCACCAUCUGACAGCCUCCUGCUCUCUAAUGUGUGGGUAUGGGGCCUGGUUUGCUUUCUCAGUCGUGAAGAGGAAGACAUAGCAGUGUUGAUGACUCCGGAGAAACCCCUCCGACGAGGCCUCUCCCACCGAAGUGACCCAAAUGCAGUGGCCCCCGCCCCCCAGGGUCUGAGGCUCAGCUUAGGCCCCCUCAGCCCAGAGAAGCUGGAGGAGAUCCUGGAUGAAGCCAACCGGCUGGCAGCUCAGCUGGAGCAGUGUGCCUUGCAGGAGCGGGAGAUCACGGGCGAGGGCCCUGGGCCUCGCAGGGUGAAGCCCAGCCCUCGGCGGGAGACCUUUGUGCUGAAGGACAGUCCUGUCCGAGACCUCCUGCCCACUGUGAGCUCUUUGGCUCGGAGCACCCCUUCCCCAAGCAGCCUGACACCUCGACUCCGGAGCAGUGACAGGAAGGGGUCAGUCAGGGCUCUUCGGGCAGCAUCUGGAAAGAGGCCCUCCAGUGUGAAGAAGGCCCACCUACCCCUGUCAGACCAGCCUUGGCCCCACAGCCUUCUACCAGCAACUCUCAGCGCCUGUCUCGGCCACAGGGAGCAGCUGUUAAACCUUCCAGUCGGCUGCCUGUUCCCUCUGCCAUCCCCAGGCCUGCCAGCCGAAUGCCACUCGCCAGCCGGAGUGUACCACCCAGCAAAGGUGCCCUACCUCCAGAUUCUCAGUCAACUCGGAAAGGACUUCCAAGACCAAGUGCUGCAGGGCAGAGAGUUCCUAUUUCCCAGCGACCAAAUCUUCCCGUCACUGGUGCCCCUCGCAGCAAUCUGCAGCCUCCCAGGAAAGCUGCAGUCCCAGGACCCACCAGGUAAAGAGAGCAGGACAAGCAGCAAGAAUUCAGUAGCAAAACACUACAGUCACUGCCUGGACUCGCCUCUUCUCGGCCUCCCAGCCGUCCGGUUGGAGGCAGGCCCUGACUCCAGCAGAUUCUGGCCCAGAGGCAGGAGGAAGAGAUGCCAUCAGGGCUGGUGCCCAGGAGUAGAGACCGUGGGAGAUGGGGUAGAUUAGGGUUGAGCUGGAGGAGAAUCGAACUCUCUGAGUUGAAAGAAGAGGAGGGAAAAGAGGUCGCCUCCCAGUAGUGAAAUGAACAAACCAAAAAUGAGAAAUGCAGGAGAGUGGUUGGUCCUCAUCCACACCCACUCCUGUGUUCAGCCCCAGGGAGUUUGAUCUUCUUCCCAGGCACUGCUUCACUGGACAUUUACAUGUGAAUGGCCUCUGUAGCUAACCUCCCUGCUCUCUGAGGAGGGCUCAUCCUGUGUCACGUCCCCUACUGGACUCGGGCCUGUUUGGAGAGACCGAGAGGCAGGCACCUGGUCUCCAGAACUUGUUUCCUGUGAAUUCUGUGACUCCUAACAGGCCAGUUUAUGGUAAGCUUACCCCAACAGUCUGCA